UGCUUACCUUUUUCAUUCUCCACUAAUUUUCUCGCCCCUCAAACACUCCCUAAAUGCCCGCCAAUACACACACACCUCUUCUCCAACCACCAGCGUCCAUCCCUUUCCUCAGAAAAUUAUUUAGUUCUUCCACUGGUGUAUGCGUAGAAUCAUAUUUUCUCGUCAAUUCAAGUGAAAACUGUAUUGUUUGAGCAGUUCUUGCGAGUGAAAACUAUAAUAGCAAGACUGCCAUACAUUUUCAAGACCUAUAAUACCAAUAUCAAUAAAGAAGAUCGAGAAUUCCAAAAUCGAGAGUUCCAUGAUCGAAUAAACAAGAGCAACAAGUUUACUUGUGUUUUAGACCGGUGAUCGUCGAUGGUUGAGAGCUCUGUAAGUGGUGCCUGGGGAAAUUCUAAUUCAUUUAUCGAGUAUAUUAAGAUGGAAAAUAAAGAUGGAAUGAUUUUUCCCCGCUUGUACUCUGCUUUACCAACAUCAACAACAUCCUCAUUCUCGUCACCACUGCAGAAAGACGAAGCCGGUCACCGGAAAAAGAAAAUUAAGAGGAAGUUCUUGUUUGCAGUUAAGGCUGUACUCUUCGAGACAUCGUUUGCUAAGAUGAUAAAGAAAAAAGCGUUUCAGAGAAAAAUGAAGCAAGCUAAAACUGAUCCAUUAACAAAAGUAGAAAAGGAUUUGAACCAUGUGAAGGGAAACUCACCGUUUAGAAAAUUUUCCAAGAAAAGUGAUGGAACGAGUAUAACUUUUGCUCGUUCUUCGAUUUCUUCUGCCUGGUCUUCACGUAAUUCAUCACCGAAUCCAGGGAAUUCCAAGCCAUUCGUUGACAAUAGACUUUCAUUUGAAUCGUGCAGUUCAUUGGAGACCAAAAAGAAGCAAGACAUGGAGCAAGAUAAUAAUGGAAAAGGGUAUCAUAGUUCAAAUACAGGGCUGUUAUUGCUUCUCGUGACUCUCUUGGUUUUGGUCUUUUGGGGCAAGGUAUAUGCUAUCUUGUGCACUUCGACAUGGCUUUUCUUCGUCCCUAACUGCAACUCUGGAAAAAGAUUACAGAGAAUUAAGGCUAAUUCUCACUCUAUGGAUUUCGAGGAGUACAAGAAGAAGAUCGUUAUGGACAGGAACCGCAGCCGUCAUACGUAACUCUUGUUAGUUGGGACCAUUGAGAUAAGAUUAUAAUUUUGUAGUUUUUCUAAGUGUAUAUAGUUAUUACUUGUGCAAGUUUUUACAUUUUUUGGGAUAUAAAGCUAGUAGCAGACAUGCAUUAAUG